AUGUCAGAAGCACCUAUCGUUCUUGAUGGUGGAACUGGUUUCCUCAAGGUCGGAUAUGCCGGUCAGAACUUUCCCGAGCAUCAGUACCCAUCCAUUGUAGGACGUCCGAUUCUGCGAGCGGAGGAACGUCAGGGAGACAUAGUGGUGAAAGACAUCAUGUGUGGAGAUGAAGCUGCUGCUGCGAGGUCAAUGCUGCAGAUCACGUAUCCGAUGGAUAACGGUAUCAUCAAACGAUGGGAUGACAUGCUGCACGUCUGGGACUACACGUUCGCCGAGAAGCUCCAGAUCGACCCCACUGGUCGCAAAAUCCUUCUUACCGAGCCCCCGAUGAACCCUCUCGCCAACAGGGAGAAGAUGUGUGAGGUCAUGUUUGAACGAUACAAUUUUGGUGGUGUAUAUGUUGCCAUCCAGGCUGUCCUUGCUCUGUAUGCUCAAGGUCUUAGCUCUGGUGUCGUUGUCGAUUCUGGAGACGGUGUAACCCAUAUCGUCCCUGUCUACGAGAGUGUCGUUCUCAACCAUCUUACAGCACGACUUAACGUUGCGGGUCGUGACGUCACCCGCCAGCUCAUUAGUUUACUACUUCGCCGCGGUUAUGCCUUCAACCGCACAGCUGAUUUUGAGACUGUGCGCCAGAUGAAGGAGAAGCUCUGCUACGUCAGUUACGACCUUGAGCUUGACAACAAGCUUGCCGAGGAAACUACAGUCCUUGUUGAGAACUAUACACUCCCUGACGGUCGUGUGAUCCGCGUUGGCAGUGAACGUUUCGAAGCGCCGGAAUGUAUGUUCCAGCCUCACCUUGUCGACUGUGAGCAGCCCGGAAUCGCAGAGAUGCUGUUCAACACCAUUCAAACUGCCGAUGUCGAUGUCAGGACCUCUUUGUACAAGGCUAUCGUGCUUUCGGGUGGUUCUAGCAUGUACCCCGGUCUGCCAAGCAGACUGGAGAAGGAGCUGAAGCAGCUAUGGCUUACCAGGGUACUCAACGGCGACCCAACCAGAUUGAACAAAUUCAAAGUCCGUAUCGAAGACCCCCCGCGAAGACGCCACAUGGUCUUCCUUGGUGGAGCUGUGCUCGCAAACAUUAUGGCAGAGCAGGAAGCCAUGUGGAUCUCAAAGGCGGAGUGGGAGGAGCAGGGGACGCGUGCGCUCGAGAAGCUGGGACCAAGAUAG